GUGAAUUGACAGCCCCGGUCCCCGCGCUCAGGUAAGGGAUCAGCAAAGCGGGGAGGGGGGCUUGGAUCGCCCCCACCCCCCGUUCCCGGCCCCCGGAAGAGCCCGGCCCGGCCCCUCCGCGCCCGGCGGCCCCAUGAACCCGGUGUCGCCUGCCGCGGGCCAGUACCGGAGCGGAAGCCCCAACGGCCGAAAGCCGCCCGGCCCCAGGAACCGCGCCGGCCCGAGCGGGAGGUCGGAGGGAACGGGCCCCCCUGACAGGGAUGCCGAUGAGGUGGACCGCUUGAAGAGCCGCUUCCUCUCCGCCUGGAACAACGUGAAAUAUGGCUGGACGGUCAAGACCCGGCCUAGUUUCAGCAAACUGUCCACCAUUUACCUCUGUGGUCGCCACUACCGCUUUGAAGGUGAAGGUGAUGUCGAGUCCUUCCAGAGGGACUUCGUGUCCCGCCUGUGGCUCACCUACCGCCGGGACUUCCCUCCGCUGGAGGGUAGCGCCUGGACCUCCGACUGCGGCUGGGGUUGCAUGCUGCGAAGCGGCCAGAUGCUGCUUGCCCAGGGACUCAUCGUGCAUCUGCUGUCCAGAGACUGGAUUUGGGCCGAAGCUGGGCCGGCUCCUAAGCUGGGCGAGCACCGACUCCUCAAAGGUGACCCCGGAGGGCCCAGCCGGUCCCUGGCCCCGCCACCCCUCCAGGAGCAAGAGCGGCAGCAUCGGCGCAUCGUGUCAUGGUUUGCCGACCGCCCCCAGGCCCCCUUCAGCCUGCACCGGCUGGUGAGGCUGGGCCAGGGCUCAGGCAAGAGGGCGGGAGAUUGGUAUGGCCCAUCCCUCACUGCCCACUUGCUCAGGAAAGCUGUGGAGGGCAGCUCAGAGGUGAGCGGCAUGGUGGUGUACGUAGCUCAGGACUGCACGGGUAAGGAGGUGGUUUUGGCUCCUUCUCCCAAGCCCCUGGGGUCCAAGAUGGGUUCUGCGGGGCAUCGCUUCCAGCAGCGGAGGGGAAUAGCCCAAGCUGUUCACUUGACUCCUCCCUUCCGUACCAACUCCCCCUCUUCCCCCCCGCCCAAUUCAGUCUACAAGGCCGACGUGGCCAGGCUGGCCGGUCAGCCAGGGGACCCUGAGGCUGAAUGGAAAUCCAUCAUCAUCCUGGUGCCAGUGCGUCUGGGCGGUGAGACCCUGAACCCUGCCUACAUGCCGUGCAUUAAGGAGCUGCUGCGGAUGGAGCCGUGCCUGGGGAUCAUCGGUGGGAAGCCCAAGCAUUCCCUCUACUUCAUCGGCUACCAAGACGAUUUUCUCCUCUAUCUGGAUCCCCACUACUGCCAGCCAUGUGUGGACACCAUGAAAGACAGCUUCUCUUUGGAGUCAUUCCACUGCACAGCCCCCCGCAAGCUGCCUUUUGCCAAGAUGGACCCCAGCUGCACCGUUGGUUUCUAUGCGGGCACCAGGAAGGAUUUUGAGUCACUGUGUUCCCAGCUGCUACAGGCACUGAACUCCACAGCUACCCGUUACCCCAUGUUCACCGUGGCUGAGGGCCAUGGCCAGGAUGACCACUGCUCCCCGCUGACUCAACGGACAGUCCGGGCCACCUCCCAGCCUCGGGCUGGAUGGCUGGGUAGGGCUAAGCACUCCAGCCCUGAAGACUUUGUGUUUUUAUAGGGACACUCCCCACCCUGCCCCAUCCCCCCUCAAAGGGGGUGCACACAGAACUAUUUAUUUUAUUUAUGGUUAAGGAAGCAGGGUUGCAGGGCCUUUAACCCUAAAAGGGUGGGGUCAAAAGCAAUAAACUCAGGAUCAGUCCGGAGGGAAUGGGACUCUUCAGACGAGCCCCCUCCGCCCCCC